CGUCGCGCGCGCGCACACACGCACACAAACACCGUCCGCGGAUUCGCACCGCAAUAGUUAUACCGACCGACCGACCGCCGCGAAUUCCGUCGCAGACCGUCGUCGCACACGACGUCGUCGAUCUUGGUAGUCGUAUUUCAAUCAUACAAUUAUCGCAUCGUUUCCACAGGUACUUAUUAUAUCGUGAAUGUAUCUCGUUGUAGCUGCGCCGUGCGAUUUUUUUGAAUUUUUUUCGUUUUGAAAAUUGUUUCAUCUGUCUUGUGUUUUGUGUUUUUUUGAAUUUUUUUUUUAUCGAAAUACGAUCGAUAUCGCAUAGACAUAAUACGCGAUCAUGUGUUACCGCCGACGAGCAUCGUUCUUGUCGUGGUCGUCGCGGUCGUCGACGUCGCCGCCUUGCUCCGAUCGCGCCACAAUCGCCGUUUCCGGUCAACAAUAAUAGCAUAACAAUAUACUAUACUAUAGAGGUACCUAUAAAUACCUGUAACGCGAAAAACAUAUACACGACAAGUGUACACCUCAUGUACACAUAAUAUAUGGACCGCGUUUAGUACUCCGCCGAAGCCGGGAUAUCAUCACAUUAUAACAUAACAUAUAACGCCGCCCUUAUAGUAGACCGGAUGUGAAUACUCAUUCAAAAUUGGCCGCGUCAAGCAGAACCCCGUCCGUGUAGCAGCCACCGGCGAGACCAACUCGUUGGACUCGCACAAGGAUAUGCUGAAUAGUGAACCGUCGCCUGAGUCGGACAAACAACAUCGCAACGCACAGACAGAACAAGUGAAGAUGGCCGCCACCGAAGCCGGAAGCCCGAGACGACUGGGUCUCAAUCUCAACCUGAGCGUACAACCGCACGCGAACGCAUAUCACUGGCCACACUCGACGGUGGCCGAAGACACGUCACCUUCCCGGUCCAAAGGGUGCACGGAUGACGAUGAUGACGACGACGAAGAUGAUCGUGACAUGGACGAUCGCGAUAUGGACGACGAUGACAUGAUGGACUGCCGGCAGGAUGAGGAUUGUUCACCCGAGGACGAGCAAGAUAUUUUGGAAAUGCAGCGCGAGGAACGCGAAACCCUCAAUCAGCUCGCCAGACAAUUGGCGUCCGGUUCGCGACUGAUAACACCCAUGCUCCAGCAUCUCGUGUACCAACACCCCGGACUCUCCGUGCAGCCGUCGCAGAUGCACCAGCAGCAACUGCAACUGCAGUUACAGCAACCGUCCUCCGUGGCCGUGUCCUUGACGACGGCCGCGCUCAGCAGACACGCGACGGCGGCUGCCGCUGACCUGUCGCCAAAGUCCAGCCACUCGGGUGACGUGCCGAUGUCCGGCGGUCGUUCUGCCGACGUUCAGUCACCGUCCGCGUCCCGGAAUAAUGAGGCCCAGUCAUGGACGUUCGAGGAACAGUUCCGACAGUUAUACUCGGCGGGCAACGAAUCCGACAGACGGACAUUUCUAGACUCGCUAUUCAGUUUUAUGCAAGAACAAGGAACUCCGAUUAGUCGUCUACCAAUCAUGGCCAAACGCGUGUUGGAUUUGUACACCCUGUAUAAGUUAGUCGUCCAGAGAGGUGGCAUUGUCGCGGUCAUCACCAAGAAGUUGUGGCAAGAGAUCAUCCGAGGCCUGGGCCUACCUCCUUCCAUAACGAGUGCCGCAUUCACAUUACGCACACAAUACGUCAAAUACUUGUACGCCUACGAGUCGCGGAUGAACCAGUUCAGUACGUUGGACGAGCUGAACAUGGCGAUAGCGGGCAACCGGCGCGAGGGCCGGCGGAACAAGUCGCUCAUGUACUCGGACAUGCCGCCACCGCCACCCGGGCACCCGCACCACCAUCACCACAGCCAUCACCAACAAGUGCACGGUGGCCACCCGCACUCAAUGAUGGGCGGUGGUGCCCCUCCGCAGCCGUCAUCACAACAACAACAACAGCAGCAGCAGCAGCAACAGCAGCAGCAGCAUCAGCAACAGCAACAGCCGCCGUCGUCCCAUCACCAUCACCAUUACGCCAACGUGCUGGCCGCCGAAGAUCGGUUUCGUCACCUGGCCGCCGCCAUCAUCGACAACCACCAUCACGCGGCCGCUGCUGCAGCCGCCGCCGCGGCCGGCGUUGGUGUCGACCACCCCAGGCUGCGGAUGCAAUCGUGCAGUCCACCGCAGCAUCAGCAACAACAAUUGCAACUGCAACCGGAAUGCAAGACGUCCGCGGUCGCGUUGCACCAGACGCCCCGAUCGCCGGCCACCAUCGGACUUCCGCCACCGCCACCCAUGCCACCGUCGUCGCUGUUCAACGGCCACCAGCCGUCGUCGUAUCAACAACUCCAUCAACAGCAGCAGCAGCAACAACAUCAGUCCAAUGCCGUCCAGUCCACCAACGAGCAGACAAACAAACAGAGAGAGCUCCUCAGCAUGCUAAUGUGGAUGGAUAUUGUCAGAGCAAAUCAAACCGCAAUGCCGAGACUACCCAUUUCGAGCUUGCCGUCCAGUCCAUCGGCUGCUGCGGCGGCCGCGGCGGCUGCUUACACGGCGGCCGCGGCGCUUAACCUUACGCCCGCGUACAAGGGACAGCCGAUGUCGGUGGUCGUUGUGCCGGAGCAGAGCGAAGCGUUGAACUUGGGCAAAAAGAGGACAUCGAACAACAACAACAGCGAGGACGAGGACGUGGACGGCGGCGACGGCGGCGGUCCGGACGAGUACGAUGGCGGACGCGAGUCGAUGUCAUCCGCGGCGAAGCGCAUCAAAAUGGAAAGGUCUUCGCCGCCCGUCAGCGGCUGUUCCAGCGAUGACGAAAAGGCCGUGGCAAAGGCGACGAGCAACGGCAGUCCGUCGCCGCCUCAACCGUCGGCCGCCGACGACGCCGCGUACAGAUCGGACAUGAGGCGUAGCUCGUCACCGAUAGACGAGGACGUGGUCGAGAUGGACAUCAACACGUCGGCCUCGGCUGGUCCGUCCAGUAACAAUGGCUUGGCGAUUUCCGUGACUCGCAGAACGAAAAACGGCGUGUACAUUGGCCAACUCACCAAAAACAACGCAUCGGUCAACGGAGGAUUGAACAAUAACGUGAAUCCAUUCGUUUUGCACCUGAACGGCGAUCUAUAUACCGGUCAAUUGCAGUUGCAACAGCAGCAGGUGGCCAAUAACUGAGGACACGAUGUUUCUCUCGCAUCGACUAUCGGAGAAGUGCUCCCAUUAAAAAAUGAUAAAUUCAUCUGAUUUUGAUGCAUUAUCUUUGUAUAAAUAAUACACAUGUAAUAUAUGUAUCGUGUUAUUUUAAUAUAAUUUAAAUGUCGUAAUAAAGCGACACCAUGCCUAUACAGAUCAUAUUAUAACGCUGUGUAGGUACACUAGAAAACGAAAAAUGUAUUAUUAUCUUCGCAAUUAGCUUUCGACUGAUUUUAUACUUGAUGUCAAUAUUUUGAUGGAACAUUGUGGAAAAAUGUCCCGUUGACUAAAAUAUAUCCAGCUGUAUCCAUGGCUGAUUUCAUAUAUAUUAUAAUAUUAGGUUGGCCAGUAUAGGUAGCUGUGGUUUCAGCACACAAACAUUUUUUCUAUAAUAUUGUCAUAUUGUAAUAUAAUUCGUUUCUAGUUAGUCUUUCGUUCGAAAAAUACUUUUCUUCCGACAUGUUUUGUAUACGUAUUUGAGUUUGAGAUAAAUAGAAAGUUUGAUAUUUACACAUUGUAUGAUUCAAUAUAUUAUAAAGAAAUUGAAAAAAAAAAAAUGUGAAGUAUCAGUGUAUAAUAUAUUAUAGUAGUAUAUAUAUAUAUUAUAUAUAGUGCGUAUAGUGUAGUUAUUUAGAAGUUUUUGUACGAUUUGUGUUUCAUCAAAAGUUUCUUCCUAUAGAUUGAUAAUAAUUGUAUUAUACGGUCUCGUCGGAUUGAGGACUUUGUGUGUGUGUGUGUGUGUGUGUGUAAAAGUAUAUUGCGUAUAAAUAUAUUUAGAAUGUGUAAACCGAAAUUGGAAGGGUUCGAAAGACUGUGGACACUUUUUGUACAUAAAAAAUUCGAUUGUGAAAGUUUUUUAUUUCGUUGACUCAAUUUUGGUCAGCUGUAAGGUUUGUCUGUGACAGAAAUAAGACCUAAAAAAGAAAAAAAAACAUUUUAUAGAAUCGUAAAAUAGGAUUUUGCUGAAAAAUAAAUGAAAUCUCUAAGUCAUUCAAAUUUUUGAGAUUUUGUAUAUUAUUCCUACACAAUAUUACGUAAUAUAGUAAGUUAGUAUAAUAUAAUAAUGAUAUUACUAAAACUAUAUUAUUCGACAUGGUUAUGAUAUAUUAUUGUGUACCUUUAUAUUUACCAUUGAGUGGUUGUAACUUUAUAACUAUAAUAGUUGAUCGAUUUUUCGUGUUUCUAGCUUAUUAUAUACAGUUUAUUAAGUAUAGAGUUAGCUCUUUUUCCUCGGUAUAUCUUAUGAUGAAGUGUAACAUUAUUUUUGGCAAUUAUAAUAUUAACGCAGUGGGGUAUGACGAAUACGUUUCAUAAUAUUAUGUAUAAUUAUUAAAUAUAACACGUUUUUGGUUAAAUAUAAUAAUAUAAUAUUAUGGUGUGCUUGUGGGAAAUGAGAUCUCAUGUUCAAAUGAAUAAAACUAUCAUAUCGUCGGGCUGUAUACGUUUUACAACGUGACCGUGUCGUGCAUAGUGAAUUUUAUUAAAAGGUCUGUAUUUGUGUCGAGGUAAUUUCAAUUUUUGACUUUGAUAAAUGAAUGUGUAUACGAAUCAAGUAAGAAUAAAACAAUCGAUACAAGCUAAAACCAUCAUCUUCGAUGUCAUGUGCAUGACCAUAUUUUAUCAAAAUGUAUUUGGUACCUUAUCCGAGACAUACUUUAUUGCUGCCCAUAAUAAUAUUAUACAUAGUUUUUUAUAAUAUAGUAUUACCGUGUACAUUUUAUUAUAAUAUUAAUCAAUUUAUCAUCGUAUCAUUGUAAUUUUACUUUAUAUAUUAUAUUAUAUUAUAUUAUAUUAUAUUAAAUUAUACAAAUAUAAUAUCUACGUUUAUUAUCAUUAGGUACUUAAUAAUAUAAUAUAGGUAUGUGUUAAUUAUUAUUUAUUUAAACAUUUAUUGUCAUCUAUUUUUUUUAUCAUUCUCAUCUAUGUAUAAUAUUAUUACGAUUUAAAGCCAAUGGAUUAUACCUAAUAAAUAUUUUAAUGAAGCAAUACUAUUAUGAUAGUAUAAUACAUAUUAUGCGUACCUAUACGCAUACGUAUAUGCACAUCGAUUGUAGUACCAAAAUAAUACAUUACCUAUUAUUAAACAAUUAAUUGUCCUCUUUAUAAUAUAAACUUAUUGUAUACUAAUAUAUUAUACUAUUCAUGUUGCAUAUACAUUUUAAAUAAUUGUUUAGUGCCGCACCGAUGUGGAAAACUAUUGCUGUAAGGAGUUAGAGGUAUGGGAAACAAUUAUAUAUUCCCGAAUCUCAUCUACCGACUUAACUCAUCCUGCUCGUAGUUAUUAUAAUGGUUUUUUGUUUUGUUUAAAUUAUUAUAGACUAGGAUAUAAUAUUAUAUUCAAUUUGUAUUACACCGUGUAACGCAGAUAAUAUUAUUAACAUUUUGAUGUACUGAAAUUUAAAUUUAAAUAUACGAUGUAGAUACAAUUUUCA